CGCACCGUGGUUUGUUUACAUGUACGACUUUCUCCGACUUUCUGGGACGUUAUUUUAUGCCGCUUCUUUUUCGGUCUCAUUUUGUCCACCAAACUUUUAACGUUGUGCGUGAAUGCACAAAGUUCUUCCCUUACGGGGACGCGUCCAAGUUCGCCCAGCACGCCUUCAGGACUUUCGACAAGAACGGCGACGGCACCAUCGACUUCAGAGAGUUCAUCUGUGCGCUGUCCAUCACGUCUCGGGGCAGCUUUGAGCAGAAACUCAACUGGGCCUUCAACAUGUACGACCUGGACGGGGACGGCAAAAUAACACGGGUGGAGAUGCUGGAGAUUAUUGAGGCGAUCUAUAAAAUGGUGGGCACGGUGAUCAUGAUGAAGAUGAACGAGGACGGCCUGACGCCCCAGCAGAGGGUGGACAAGAUCUUCUCCAAGAUGGACAAGAACAACGACGACCAGAUCUCGCUGGAGGAAUUCAAGGAGGCGGCGAAGAGCGACCCCUCCAUUGUUUUACUCCUGCAGUGCGACCUGCAGAAAUGAGGUGAGCGGGCGAGCGGAACCAGCCGCCGAGCCGCUGCCACGGACUGCAUAGAAAGAUAUUUAUGUUCCAUUCAGUUUGCAGCUACUUCCACUUAACUACAACAAAACAGACACACAC